CAAUAGAUCAAUUACAUUUAUAUAUCUUAUUGAAAAACUCUAUAGGUUCUGGCCAUGGGAAUACUAUUGAUCUCGAAGCUUUUGUAGUUAAUCUCAUUCAAUGGAGUGAUAUUGCUUGCGAUGGUGGCAGCAUCGGCAGCGCAAGCUAAGCCUGGCUGCGACAACUGGUGUGGGGGUGUAGAAAUUCCAUAUCCAUUUGGCUUGAGUGAAGGAUGUUCCUUGGGCAAGACCAUGUUCAAUAUCAGUUGUGAUGAAGAUGAUGCAAUUAUAGGGGUCAAAGCCCGUGUUACAAACAUAUCAAUUGAGGCUCAUGAAAUGCAUGUCCAGACACUUGAAGCCCGAGACUGUUACCAUGAGUCGGGGUCCCUCGAAAUUGAUAAUUCAACCCGGUUCCUCGCAGGCCAGUUCGCCAUUUCUACAACCAAAAAUCAGUUCACUGUUCUUGGCUGUGACACUAAGGGCAUUAUUAGUGGUACAAAAAAGGGAAAAACCUACUCGACAGUGUGCAUAUCUCGAUGUAAUGACCUAAGCGAUGCGGUCAACGGGUCUUGCUCUGGCAUUGGGUGUUGCAACGUAGAGUUUCCAGAUGGCUUGAAAAAUUAUAAUCUGAGUGUAUCCAGCUUUAAAAAUCACACAAACGUAUGGGACUUCAAUCCUUGCGGCUAUGCUUUUGUUGUCCAAAAAGGAAACUUUAGCUUCUCCACGGAUUACCUUCGGAGACAGCAAAACCCCCAAAGGCGUCCAGUGGUGCUUGAUUGGGCAAUUGGGAACGAGACAUGUGAAGAAGCUCGAAGAAAACCGGAUUUCGCGUGUCAUGAGGCCGAUCAGAAAAGUAAAUGCCAUGACCCAGAAGCAAGGCCGGGAUACCAGUGCAAGUGUAAGCCGGGUUACCAAGGGAACCCCUACCUCCGUAAUGGUUGCCAAGACAUUGACGAAUGUAAUCAUCCAACUAUUAAGCAUAACUGCAGCAGAGAGAAAGGCUGUAUCAACACAGAAGGCAGCUAUAAAUGUCGUUGCCCCAAGUGGUACCAAGGGGACGGAACAAAAGAUGCUGAAGGCUGUGCUGCGAAUUUCGUACUAAUUAUUCAGAUUGCCAUUGGUGCUGGAGUAGGCUUUAUUUGUAUGCUUGUGUUUACCUCUUGGAUGUACUUCGUAUACAAGAAAAGAAAGAUAAUGAAGCUCAGAGAAAAGUUCUUUCAACAGAAUGGAGGCUUGAUUCUAGAACAACGACUUGGUAGACAAGAAGGAUCCACAGAAACACUCAAAAUCUUUACCGUUGAACAGCUGCAGAAGGCUACCAAAAACUAUGAUGAGAGCAGGAUAAUUGGCCGAGGAGGUUUUGGUACGGUUUACAAAGGUUUUUUACCAGAUAAUAAGAUUGUUGCCAUCAAGAAGUCCAAGAUAGAGGAUGAAAACCAAAUUGAGCAAUUCAUCAACGAGGUUGUUGUACUAUCCCAAACUAAUCAUAGGCACGUUGUCAAACUCUUGGGAUGUUGUUUAGAGACACAAGUUCCAUUGCUUGUCUACGAAUUUGUCUCAAACGGUACCCUUUUUAAGCACAUUCAUCAAGAAAGCAAUGCAUCCACAUUUCCAUGGGAAACCCGCUUGAGGAUAGCUGCAGAAACAGCUGAGGCACUAUGGUAUCUACACUCUGCAGCCUCAAUACCUAUAAUUCACAGGGAUGUAAAAUCAACAAAUAUACUGCUGGAUGAUGAUUUCAAUGCAAAAGUCUCCGACUUUGGAACUUCAAGAUUGAUUCCAAGAGAUCAAACUCAACUAGCCACUGUGGUGCAAGGAACUCUUGGAUACCUAGAUCCUGAAUACUUACAAACAAACCAAUUGACAGAUAAAAGUGAUGUUUAUAGCUUUGGAGUGGUGCUCGUGGAACUACUUACAGGAAAGGAGGCACUUUCAUUUGCUAGGACCGAGGAGCAAAGAAGUCUAGCCAUGUAUUUCAUUUCUUCCAUGAAAGAGGAAAGAUUGUUUGAAAUUCUUGAAAAUCACAUAGUUGCAGAAGGAAAUAAGGAGCAGAUCCAACAAUUUGUGGAGCUUGCAACGAGUUGCUUAGCAGUAAAAGGGGAGGAGAGGCCUACAAUGAGGGAAGUAGCAAUGGAAUUAGAAGGAAUAAGAAAGAUGCAAAAGCAUCCCUGGGUCUGGGUUAACUUGGAAGCAAAUCCGGAAGAAGUCGAACACUUGCCUUGGUGAGACAUGCAGGGCUUAACACCCCCCCCCCCCUCGCGGAAAGUAGCAGUGCUAUAAGUACUACUGGAUAUCAUUAUAGCAUGAAUGACCAUGCAACAUACCCCUUGGGAGGUGGAAGAUGAAUGUGCUAUCAUGCUAACAUAUACGGAUGUUGAUGUCAUUUUCUUCUCAUGCAAAUAUGCAAUUUCCUGCUUUUAUUGUGUAUGUGCAUUCCCUUAUACGGGUACGACGCAUCCUUUAAUUUGUA